AUGACAAACGAAAUAUACAGCAGGGUCGAAAUCGAACGCCUCGACGGCGUGCAAUCCCGCAGCGGCGCUGCGUUCCAGUCCUCUCGCGUCCCGAUUAAAGUGAACAAGAGUAACUACAAGCCCGUGGCAUUGAGAUUGUCGUCGCUACUUGUGCUGUUUGCAUUCACCAUUUCCCUGAUUGGACUCCUGCAGUACGCGCUUGUACAGCUUCCGAACAUACAAGGCAGGUUUGGUAUCGACACGUUGAAGGAUGCGAAGGCGUCUAUUGAGAGUGAAAUAUAUCGGAGACAGGCAUGGCAUGAAACGGGAAGCUUAGUCCGGGAAAGUCAAGAGAAACGCGGAAGUAUGUCUCCCGAUACCAAGGACAGUACGGGCACUCCGCUAGCAUUGUCAUUGAGCAUAUCCAUGCCGCCAACCCGGUCUGAGGAUGAUUAUUCGCCCAAUGAACGCUCUCUCAACCUGGCCGAGAAAGUAGCAGCUGUAUUUGAUGAGCAGCGUACAGAGGCAAUGAGGCAUGUGGAAGUCCGCGAGGAAACUACAGCGGCGCCAACAGCGGCAACAACAUCGAGCGAUGAAUUGGUCGCCGAAACAAGAUCCGCGCAAGAGACUGAACUCACUUCGAUAAGUACUGCUUCCAGCAGUUAUGUGGCACCGGAGCCAACGAUACCACCAGUAGGUGCGCCUCCACCUGGCGUGUAUGUCCCGGAAGAAGAAACAAAAGGAGUCGUGGUCUUCCGAUGGACUCCCGUGCAGGUGUUUGUCGGUACCUAUCUUGCUGUUUUGUUAGCAGUUUUUUAUCGCAUGAUUGUUGCUAUCGUCCAGACGCAGCUUCGCCUCAUUGACCCAUUCAGGCAACUCGCAAGCUCAAAAGGGGCUCUGGCUUCGUCAGCAUUAUUCACUUCGUACCAUGCGCAAGCUGUACUUGGGCCUCUUGUGGCGCUGCGAAGCGGGAGAUAUACGCUUUUUGCGAUUGGUGUUGCAUGCUGGACAAGCUGCUUGCUACCCGCCUUUGCUUCCGAAGCCGUGUUUGUCGACACGAAUUGGGACUGUCCAGAUCCCGAGGUUGGAACUCGGAAUGCCUGCCCACCGAGAAUAACAGCUUCCUUGUCAGUCAUUCGACUGCUGCAAGGCUUGUUGAGCUUUGUAGCUGCAGUCAUACUUGGAUCGAUCUUCGCGCUCCGUCGAAAGACCGGAUUAGACGAGGACCCGAGCUCCAUCGCUGCUGUCGCGAAAUUGAUGGGAAAUCCCCAGUUUGAGGAUGACCUGAAAGUGUUGCCAUCGGAACCAGGCACCACACUUGCAUCAAUGAGGCAGGAGAUAGGUCACAAGAAGUACAAGCUCGGUACCUGGAUCGACCGCUCUAAUGAGCAACACUACGGCAUGAUACCUGCAAGUACUGCGGAUCGUGAUUUCGAGGGAGAUGCAGCUCAUCCGGCUCAUCAAUCUACCACAGUGGACUGGUCAAGCACAGCAGCAAGAUACCGACCUGUCGAUCCUCGAUCGUCUGCCUACAAAUAUGUGGGACACGAAAAACGAUGGCGAUAUGCAGACUUCGUGCUACUAUUGCUGGUGACUGGAGCGUUCGGUGUCGUUUUGGCAUAUCGUUUCGCCACUGGCGAUAAAGGCUUCAACAAAUUCUUCAGUAGCAGUACCUUCGGCCCACGAUUCAUCCUGACCGGAACUGCAACCGUCAUUGCAAACAUAUGGGGUGGCGUCGAACAAAACUCGAUGGUUAUGGCACCUUUCAAUCAGUUGGCCAACGGUCCAGCGUCAUUCGACACGCUAAGCUUCUCCCCUACGAUAACGCCAAUCCUUUCAACCUGGAGGGCCAUGUCGCGCGGYUAUUGGUUCGCUGGCGCGGUCACGAUCAUGACGCUGUUGGCAGAGGUGCUCAGUAUCGCCAUCUCCGGUGUGCCAUUUGCUACAGGUCAAACUUGGAUGAAUUUCUUAGUCGUCACUUACAUUUCGUUGGCGAUUCUGGGUGUCAUGAUCUUGACUGCGAUCGCCGUCAUUUCUCACAGAAAAUGCGAGCCGAAAAUUCCGGUCGUUCCAGAUACCCUGGGCGUAAAGAUGAGCUAUUUGGUUGGCAGCAGAAUGUUGGUGAACUUUGAUGGCAAUGCAGGGGUAGCGGGUGAGAACUGGCUGAGAAGUGGUCGCUACAAAUUCGAGUCAGUGGUCGAGAAGGACGGGUCACACUGGUGGAGGAUUGACCAGAUUGCACGUCGGGGUGGUGAUUAG